UUUUUGAUAUAUUGCAAACAAAGAAUUCUGAACCUCUAAACAAUUCAACACUCUUGUUCUGAAGAGGAGGAGUAGAUUUUCUUAUUGUUCUUCCUUUGCGGCGCUUUCUUCUUGUUGAUCAGCUGGGAAUUUUCGGAUGGCUCCGGUGGCUUUGUUUAUUCUUGCCAUUCUUGCUCACCUUGUGGUUCUGCACUCUGCUCAUUCAGCAGAGGAACGCGCCAAACAUUGUCCAGUCCACUUCUGCGGCUCAGCAGGCGACAUCAGCCUCCCCUUCAAAAGCAUGGAAGAUCCUCCUGAUUGCGGAAUGUUCACAGUCAAUUGUUCAGACACCGAACGGCCAAAAAUCCAAUUGAAAGAGGGAGGAUACUGGCAUGAAUUCCAAGGCUCUUUAUUUUCACCUUCGAUUUCUAUCAAUGACAGAGACCUUGCCGACCGCUUAGAAAAGGAUCGCUGCGAUGAUGGAGUUUUGGACGACUUGAGUCUUCCUAGCGCUUCUCCAAUCCUUGAAGUACCAUUAUUCACACACAAUUUGACCCUUUUCAAAUGCAACACCACCUUAGACAAAAAUUCUUACCCACAACUUAAUUAUGGCUGCGGAAAUGAUAACCAUACUUAUUAUACCGCUUCAUUUAGCAGUAGUUUACCUAACCCCCAGCUGCUAGGGUGUUCAACCAUUCAGGUCCCCAUGCGUCCGUUUAAACCCAAGAACUUAUCUUCAUUGACUGCUGAGUUUAACCUGGAAACACCAGAAUGUUUUCAAUGUAUUGAAAGCAAAGGUGAAUGCCAGGUUGAAGAGGGAGAAUUUAAAUGCACCAAAGGAGAUAAGCAGUUGAACCUGAAGCUAGGACUAGGAAUUGGCCUUGGAUUUCCAGCACUUCUUGCUAUAUGCGUGUGUCUUCUGUUGCUUUACAAGAAAAAACGCUCUUCACUCUUCCUCUCAAGGAACAUUUCUUCUCAGCCAUACACAAAUUCCGACAUAGAAGGGGGCGGUGCCUACUGUGGUAUCCCGGUCUUCAGCUACAGUGAACUCGAUGAGGCAACGAACCACUUUGAUAGCGAAAGCGAACUUGGAGAUGGAGGUUUCGGAACUGUCUACUAUGGAAAACUCAAAGAUGGUCGGGAAGUUGCAGUCAAGCGCUUAUAUGAGCACAAUUACAAACGCGUUGAACAGUUCAUAAAUGAAAUUGAAAUCCUCACCCGUCUGCGCCACAGAAACUUAGUCUCCCUUUAUGGCUGCACCUCACGCCGCAGCCGUGAACUCCUCCUUGUUUACGAAUACAUUUCCAAUGGAACCGUUGCUGAUCAUCUCCACGGAGACAGAGCAGAUGGCUCACUCACUUGGCCUAUACGUAUGAGCAUCGCCAUUGAAACCGCCGACGCAUUGUCCUACCUCCAUGCUUCUGAAAUUGUACAUCGCGAUGUGAAGACUAACAACAUUCUGCUCGAUGACAAUUUCUGCGUUAAAGUUGCAGAUUUUGGCCUCUCCCGGCUCUUCCCCAUUGAUGUCACGCAUGUCUCAACCGCUCCACAAGGGACACCGGGUUACGUUGAUCCAGAGUAUCACGAGUGUUACCAGCUAACUAGCAAGAGUGACGUUUAUAGUUUUGGAGUUGUUCUCAUCGAGCUCAUAUCAUCGCUUCCGGCAGUUGAUAUAAUGAGGCACAGGCACGAAAUUAAUCUGGCUAACUUAGCCAUAAGCAAAAUUCAGAAGGGUUUGUUCAACGAGUUGGUAGAUCAACGUCUCGGGUUCGAAUCCGAUGGUGAAGUUAGAAGGAUGAUCAUUGCAGUUGCAGAGUUGGCUUUUCAAUGCUUGCAGCAGGACAACAAUGUGAGGCCUACCAUGAACGAGGUUUUGGAGGCUUUGAAAAUGAUCGAAAGCGGGAGUUAUGUCCCUGAGAAUUUAAAGCCGGAACCGGACAGUGAGAGUGUGAAAACGAGUGUACAGCCGCCAGCUUCGCCAGAUUCUGAUGAGAUCGGGCUGUUGAACGUGAGACCUCCGCCUUCGCCGGUUUCCGUCACGCAAAAAUGGCCUAGCACUAGGUCUACUUCACCUAAUGCUAGUGCGUGACAGUUUUCUUUUUUUGUGUGUUACUUUUCAGUAUAAAGAAUAUAUAUGAAUGCAUUUUAGAUUUGAUUAGGUGGGUAAAAGGGCGAACUCAAGCCAAUAACGCUUCCCGUUUUGCAAGGGUCAAGAGGGGAUAACAUCUAUCGUACAUAACUUUAACUUUCUCUUGUAAAGAUGUUGUUUCUACGACUCGAACUCGUGACAUUUCGGUCAUAAAAGAACAACAUUUCCGUUGUACAAGAGUCGCCAUCAUUGAAAAACACAUCUAAUUAGUA